AUGUGUGUCACAUUGGGCAACGCGCAGCAAGCAGAGCUGUUGCGACAAAGGAUCGCAAACGCAGAGGGAGAGCUGCAAACAUUGCGGGAAAAGCUCAAAUAUCUUGAGUCUACAGAGCACACACCACAAUCCUUUUGCUCAUCAGACAGACUGCCUCAAGAUGAAGAUAAGUCCACCACGGACCCAGCAACGCCCUCUUGGAAGUGGACCCUCAAAGAGCACGAGUAUGCACGUUAUGGCCGCCAGCUUAUCUUACCCAGUAUUGGCAUUGCUGGCCAGCUCCGCCUGAAAUCUGCUGCUGUUCUCAUCAUUGGUGCCGGAGGCCUGGGAUGCCCAGCCGCGGCAUACCUCUCCGGGGCGGGUAUUGGCACCCUGGGGAUUGUAGAUGGGGAUACUGUCGAGGAAUCUAAUCUCCAUCGCCAGAUUGCUCACAGCACGGCAAGAAUCAACAUGAAGAAGACGGACAGUUUGGUCCAAUACUGUCAGGGGCUGAAUCCAGAGGUAUGCUAUAUCCGGCAUGGAACACAUCUCACGCCUCAAAACGCAGAGGACAUUGUGUCUAAGUAUGGAAUUGUACUGGAUUGCACAGAUAACCCGACGUCACGAUACCUCAUCUCGGAUAUAUGUGUCCUGCUACAGAAGCCCCUCGUUUCGGCCUCUGCCUUGAAGACGGACGGUCAGCUGAUUGUCUUGAACAACUUCCCGGCACCUCGAGGCAAACCUGAAGGUGGGCCCUGUUACAGAUGUGUAUUUCCGAAGCCUCCACCGCCUGAUAGUGUCACCAGCUGCGGCGAGGGUGGGAUUCUGGGUCCCGUCGUUGGCGUCAUGGGCGUACUACAAGCGCUCGAGGCAAUUAAAGUCAUUGCUGCUGGUAUGGACACACCGCAGUGGGGGCCAUGUACGCCGAGCCUGCUGCUCUUCUCAGCUUCUGGGUCUACAAGUUUCAGGUCUAUCAGAAUGCGAGGCCGUAGACCAGACUGCUUCGCCUGUUCGGCUUCCUCCACCCUAACGUUAGAGGAGCUGAAGUCAGGCUCUCUUGACUACGUGCAGUUUUGCGGCGUGGCAGCACCCAUCAAUAUUCUCAAGCCCGAGGAGCGAGUAUCCGCAUUGGAUUACCAUAAGCUUGUGAGAGAGAACCCUGACAUGGACCACUUGCUGCUGGAUGUCCGUGAGCGACCACACUUCGAAAUAGCAAGCAUACCUGGAGCUGUCAACGUACCGUUCUCGACUUUCCAAAUGCGAGGCACGCCUGCCGACGAAAGCCACCCAGAUUGGCUGCCGGCCACUCUCUCGCCUUCUGCUCCUAUAUACAUUGUCUGCAGAGUCGGCAACGACUCGCAGCUGACGACACAGAAGCUCAAGGAAAUGGGCUUAGAUCGGGCUGGCCAGCGUUUUAUAGGUGACAUCAAGGGGGGGAUGAGAGCAUGGAAACAAGAGGUAGACAAGACAAUACCUUUCACAUGA